GUUUUUUUCUUCUAAUACCAGCCGGUGGUCUGACCUUUUAAAGUUCAAGUUAUUUGAACGAUAUAUCUAAGACUAAACAAUAUUAUUUUGAUGACUUAUUUUGUUUUUGUCUCACUUUAAAAUCAAAUUACUACAAAAACAUGUUUCGAACUGUUCGUAUUCUUAAAAAUGGCGUCUCGAAGUUUCCACGAAAUAACGUUUUAAAGGUCAACUUUUCAAGAAAAUGUAGGCCUACAUCAUGUAAAUGGAUCUGCUCAGACAACGUAGAAAUAUCAAAUACUGACUUGGCAUUCACAAGAGACAGAGCAUUCUACAACAGACCCACAUGGCUUACUCGCUUGUACAGUUCAGGCUCGGAUUUGCCUCCUCACCACAAGGUUGCCCUACCAGCAUUGUCUCCUACUAUGGAGAUGGGGACAAUUGUUUCAUGGGAAAAGAAAGAAGGAGACCAGCUAAAUGAAGGAGAUUUGUUAGCAGAGAUUGAAACAGACAAGGCUACAAUGGGGUUUGAAACACCAGAAGAAGGAUAUUUGGCUAAGAUUCUCAUUCCUGUAGGAUCAAAAGAUGUACCUAUAGGGAAGCUUCUGUGUAUAAUAGUGGAAAGUGAGGAUGAUAUUGCUGCCUUUAAAGAUUAUGUGGAUUCAGGAGAACCAAUCACAUUAGCAGAUGCUGCUCCUAAGCCAGAAAGUAAACCAGCGAAAGCUCAACCACCACCGCGUCCACCUCAGCCUGCAGCUCCAACCAUUGCCACGCCCUCUGUUGCUCCACACACUCAACCAUCAACACCUCCAAGUGGAAGACUGUUUGCAAGCCCUCUUGCGAAGAAACUUGCAGCUGAAAAAGGCAUGGAUAUAUCUGAAGUUGUGGGGUCUGGUCCUGGAGGCCGGGUAACUAGUCAGGACAUUCAGUCUUUUAUUCCUGCUGCUACUGCUGCGGUCAGGGCUCCUGAAGCACAAGUAACACCACCAAGUGCUGAUUAUGUUGAUAUUCCACUGACUAACGUGAGGAAAGUCAUUGCUCGUAGACUGUUGGAAUCAAAGCAAACAAUACCACACUACUACUUAACUAUCGAUAUCGACAUGGAGGAAGUGUUAAAGUUGAGACAGGAACUGAAUGAUUUGUUGAGGAAAGAUGAAAUCAAACUGUCGGUCAACGACUUUGUAAUCAAAGCUGCAGCACAAGCAUGUAGAAAAGUACCUGAAGUUAAUUCAUCGUGGCAGGAUACUUUCAUUAGACAGUACAAUAACAUUGAUGUGAGUGUGGCAGUCAGCACUGAUGCAGGAUUGAUUACACCCAUCAUUACUGGUGUUGAAAAGAAGGGUCUGACAGCAAUCAGUACAGACAUGAAGACUCUAGCGAAAAAAGCUCGGGAAGGAAAACUUCAACCCACGAGUUCCAGGGUGGCACUUUUACUGUCUCUAACUUAGGAAUGUAUGGAAUCAAAAGUUUUGCUGCAGUAAUAAAUCCUCCUCAGGCUUGUAUUUUGGCCGUCGGUGGUACAGAGAAGAAACUGAUUCCAAGUACCAACACUGAAGUAGGGUAAGUAUUGUUUUCCCUCGCCACUGAAGGUGGAGGGAGGUUAUGUUUUCACCCUUGUGUGUCUGUCAGCAAGAUUUCUUAAAAAUGGCUGAAUGGAUUUGGAUGAAAGUUGGUAUAACUUUGGACUAUGACCAAACUUACAAGUGAAUAUUUUCUGGAGGGUCAAGAUCACGAAAAUCUAAAAAAAUCCCUAUCUGUGGAUCAAUUUUUCACACUAUUUUUGCUCUAUAACUACAUUCAAAAAUGGACCGUGUCCGUUUGUAACAAUGAACGAGCACAUUUUUGUACUUUUGGAGAGCUGAAUAUGAUCAAUGCUGUGUGGCGGAGG